AUGGCCACCAAGCUCGAUCAAUCUUUGGAUGAGAUCAUGACCAACACUGGUGCUAGCCGUGGCGGUGCUCGUGGUAGCGCCAGACGCGGAAGAGGCCAACGCCAGCCUCGCCGAUCAACCGGAGCCCCUGCCCCUGUUGGAGGCAUCUCCAAGAACACUCGCCCCGCAAAGGGCGCAGUUAAGGCCAUCCCUACGGGUCCUGCCAUUCACAGAGACAGCAAGAUUGUCGUAAGCAAUUUGCCAAGAGAUGUAGACGAGACGCAGAUUAAGGAAUAUUUCGCCAAGUCAGUUGGAUCAGUCAAGAAAGUGGAUAUCUCAUAUGGGCCCAAUGGCCAGAGCCGUGGAAUUGCCAACAUCGUCUUCCACAAGAACGACGGAGCAAGCAAGGCCGUUGCAGCUCUCAAUGGACUACUUGUGGACGGAAGGCCAAUGAAGAUUGAGGUUCUCGUUGAUGCCUCCCAGGCUCCAGCUAUUGUUGCUCCAAAGGGAUUGGGUGAUCGUAUUGCCCAACCAAAGGUUCAGCCAAAGUCAGCUGCCGCAACCAAGGCUGGUGCAAACAACGCCGCAGCCUCUACUCGUGGCAAGGCUGGCAAGAGGGGCCGGGGAGGCCGCGCUCGCCCUGGCCGCCCUGCGAAGAAGACUGCCGAGGAGCUGGAUUCUGAGAUGGCCGAUUAUUUCGACGCAACUGCCGCACCUACGGAAGCCGCCGCACCUGCCGCUACCAACGGCGAUGCUCCAAUGGACGACGAGAUCCUGUGA